UCAUCUGCAAAUGCAUUAUGUAACUAUCAUUUACAAAGAUUACAAAGAUGGAUUGAUGAUGCUUAUCAUCAAAUAAUGGCAAAUUGCUUCAAAAGAAUCUUGAAUCCGUGUCUGAAAUAAAGACAGGAUCUUAAAAAUAUAAAUUCUCGGCAAUUAAAGUCGUAUCUAACCAUAUAACCUGAUUUGCUAUUGUAAAUGUGAAUUAAUAGAAGACAUAUCGAUGAUUGACAACAUUAAGCAUGUCGUUGCAAAUUGCUUUUCUGUUACGUGAGAGUUAAACUUGUGGAAAACACGGCGACAUACAAAGGCAAUCGGAGAAUUGAUCGAAUGCGCUUUAUGGCGCACGAUGCAGGAAAGUUCACCAAUGUGACGAUGGCGAUGCAGGAAACUUGAAAUUCGAAUGACGGCGAUCAGUGGAUUCGAUAUAUGUAUAUAUAUUCGAUACAGAAUGCGCCAGAUUCUUCAGCAAUGAUCACGAGCUGCUACGUGAUGCCGCUAGGAAAGUACGCAGAAAUUAGUUACCGCAUAAAAAGCGUCGCGGUGGAGAAUGAACGGGUGUUUGGUGAUGUCUACGUCACUCAUCAGACGCGGGAUCUGGAUUGCCAAUCGAACGAUUAUGCUUUUCUAUCGGACUACAGCAGACGAAGGCGCAAUCUGAUACAAAGGACCAUGGACGGACCGGAUUUCAUGAAACUGAAUAGCAAAUGGCCUGCAAGAAGUUCCGCUGUCGCGAAAUCGUCUUGGCAAAGGCGCAGCAAGUUCAUGAGGGAUGAACCGAGCGUGAUUCCGUUUAAUUAUGAGAAUGCUGGCAAUCGUGACACGAUCGCCAAAAGGCCCAAGGUAUAUCCGCCACCUUUGCGUUAUUCGCCGCUACAGAAAGAAAUUGUGAUUACUUCAUUAGUGGAUCAACUAUUGUUGGACAUUUAUGGCAUUCCGAUGGGCGACAGGGGACGUUCAGAAAGCGAAUCAACGGCAUCGUCCUUGAAACCAUGUCCGCAACAUCAAUAUCUGCAGAAAGCUCGUCUGCUAUUGAAAAGAAAGGAUGAAUUGCAGAUCUUGCUUGUGAUUCUACAUGAGCACAUCAUUCACACAGGCGGGUUACUUGUUCGUCAGCUGCGCCGAAAGGAUUAUCUUAUUGCUAAACGUAAUAAACAGUACGAUAUUAUUACGGCUUAUUUGCAAGCACACAGCGCUAAGCGAUUCGAAGAUACGAAAAUGAGAUUCAGUUUAAGUCCACAGCCAGGAGAAAUUACACAAUGGCUAGAUGCCAUGAAGAUGGUUGCCAAGUUACAGGGAGGGGUACCACCAGAAUUUCGGAAAAGGUUAUGGUUGACGUUGGCGGAACGUCAUCUGGAAAAGCACGGCGUAGAUUGGAAGCAGGCUGAGAAGAUUUGUUUCAAUGAGUGGAGUAAUCCUGACGACGAAGAGCUCGGCAUACAAAUCGUGAAGGAUCUGCAUAGGACAGGCUGCAGUCUAUUCUGCGGUGCCGCCGGCCGGGACAAUCAAGCGGUGCUUCGUCGAGUUCUGCUUGGUUUCGCCCGUUGGAACAAAUCCGUGGGCUAUUGCCAGGGUCUAAACGUCCUGGCCGCCCUCGUCCUGCAAGUGAUGGAUCGCGCGGAAUCGUCGGCCGUAAAGGUGAUGAUAUAUCUGAUAGAAGGCGUUUUACCGGAAGGCUAUUUCGCCGAUAAUUUGCGCGGCCUCUCGGUGGAUAUGGCUGUAUUUCGGGAUCUCCUGCGCUCGAGGCUGCCAAAGUUGUCCAAGCACCUCGAGGCACUUCAGAGCGACGCGAAGGAUAAAGCGACGGGAAAUAGCUAUGAACCGCCGCUCACGAAUGUGUUCACUAUGCAAUGGUUCCUUACGCUUUUCUGCCAUUGCUUACCGCAGGAAGCAGUGCUUCGUGUUUGGGAUCUGAUAUUUCUCGAAGGUAACGAAGUGCUCCUUAGAACGGCACUCGCUAUCUGGGAAGGCCUUUCGAAUCGUAUAAUGACCGUAACAUCAGCGGACGAAUUCUACAGCAUAAUGGGAGUACUUACGAGAGAAAUGCUAGAAUUUACCGACACAAACAACCUCAUAAAGAACAUCGUUAGCAUGGGACCCUUGCAAGGUGUAGCAAGUUUGAGAGACAAGCACCGAUACAAUAUCACCCCGUGGGCGCGCAGACUGAGUGACGAUGAUGACAGCGAGGCGGAAGAGGAUGAGAGAGUGGCUGUAACGGCUGCCAUGUUCAACAUGGCACAACGUAUAAAAAAAGAUCGUAUACCUUCGACAAUAGGAGCAUUACAAGCGAUUGCACCCAGCAGUGAUCGAGACCGCCUUGCUCUCGAUAUUAGUACACUGAAGCAACAGUAUGCAAAACUGCGAGAACGGCAACGGCAAGCACACAUAAUUCUUUCUGCCGCGUGUGCAAGACAAACCAUGGUACCUCCCACUUCUACAGCCAUGAAUCAUCUAUUAGUGGGCAAAAAUGCUCUCGUAAGUGGAAAAAAUCGACCAUUGAGCCUGCCGUCUGCCACUGCCACGUCAAAGUUACGGCCGACGGUCCUUCACAGCCCAAAAAGUCGCAGGGAUAGACAAGGUGUUACGCUUCAUUGGAAAGAUGCGAAAAGGCCGAAACAAAGAGCCGGCGACGCUGGUGAUGCCGAUGCCUUUGGCACCGCAUUUUUACAGUCGCCUCCAGAAACGUCAUCUGUGACGUCGCCCAGCCGAUGUGCCGCUGAUAGCGAUAGCGAUAGCACGUCAACGGAGUUGUGCGACGAGCCGGAUCGCCUGAGCGACGUCGAUAGCGAGGAGCUUACGUCAGCGUCCGACUCUUACGUCAUGGCCACCGAUGACGAAAAGCAUGCUUGCGUCGAAGGUUCAUCGACCUCGGCGAGCACACCUGCGCGUUCGUACAUUAAGAGCGAGUCGACGAUAAUGGUCAAGGAACCACAGACGGAUCCGAUUCUCGGAAACGAACGCAGCGAUAAAUCGCCGCCCUUGACUGAAAUUUCGAUCGCCAAGAUCACCGAUCAAAUACGAAGACUCUCGGCGGAGGAUGACAAUAACCCGACAGUUCCUCAGAUAUUAAGCGUGCGCGACAACGACGAGCUAUUGUUGACGAGUGAUUAUUCGAUCAAGAGAUCGGAGGCGAGGAAAACGGAAUCUCAGGAUUUUGUCGAUUAUACGAGCGAGGAUGUGACGAAUUCAUCGUUGAAGACUGUGAAUAAUUACGAUUAUUUAAACCUCAAGUCUAAUCUCAUCGAGGAGAAGACGGAUGAUAGUCUAAUGCACAAAGUGGAUCGACUGAAAAAUAUAGAAGAGAAGGAAGAAAUUGUUCAGACUAGCAGUGACACAGGCCUUAAGACGGACACAAUGGAAUUCUCCGCGAAUACAUUGCGAGAUAAUUCAAAAGAACAAACAAGCAUCUCUUUGGAUAGAAAUUACGAUAAAUUUAUCACGUCUUUAGACACUAGCGAUAAACCUUUCGAAUCCACCUUGAGAUUUUCCAGCAGAAUUUAUCCGGAUCCUAAAAGCAAUAACGAUUCGAAUGAUUCGGACGAUAUGGAUGUCGCGAGUAGCAGAAUUUUAGAUGUCCCAACAGAAUCUCGAUCUUUUUAUUCCAAGAGAUAUAUUGUAGGUCAUCUUCCAAUUUCUCCGAUAACAAUGGAUGACAAGUUGACGAAAUUAUCACCUGAAAUAUAUAACGUUGCAGUAAACGUGGGAAAUCUGACAAAUCCGGAAGCGACUUUAAAGAAAGAUGAUUUUAGUGACAAGCAAGAAAUUAAAUCGUAUUCCGAUUUGAAGAAAAAUCCGAAAUCUCCAGAAAGCACAAAGUCGUUUAGCUCCGGAGAGACAAUGGGUCCCGAUUCGAAACCCUCGAGUUUGACAGUGAGUCCGAGAACACCAAUCAGAUCGGAUUCUCGUGACUUCACGAUAGACAAAUCGGCUUGUUCGUCCAUCAGCUCAGAUUCCAAGACACUCGUUCUUCAUUCUGUGGGCUCGGAUAUCGCGCACGACAACCCGAGACCGAUUACGAAGAAAAUGUCAUACGAGAAAUCGAGCCCGUCAACUCCGAUCAGUACGGAUUCCCUGAGAAACAAGUCCGAGACGAGUCCGAAAUUGGUGAUCAGCAGCUCCAGCGACUCGUGCAGUCCGAGUAAAAUUAAGUCUUCCGAGAGGUCGUUCAGUUCCGAUCUGCAAUCGCCCGUAAGUGCCAACUCCAUAAAGUAUACCUCGAAUUAUGGUAAACGAGGUCAGGAUAACGUGUCGGAUUCACCAAUCGAUUUAAGCUCCGCUACCUCGCCGUUUUAUCCUAUCGCGAAUCCUAAUCAGAAAACGCCGUCACCGUACGGUGCAGGCAAACGAAGAUGUAGCGAAGAUAGCGCCGAAACGUCGCCCGAUCAAAAAUCAAUCACCUCGAAGGACUCGGGCAAGUCCUCUGGAUAUCAAGCGAAAUUAGAUAUCUCGACCAAAUCGCUCGAAACUAAAGGAAGCGAAAUUUCCGGGAGAAUCUCCGAGAGAAACGAUCUGUUUGUUAGACCGCAAUUCGAUCUGAAUACAGAGCUGAACGCGAGUUACACGUCGAGGGAAAAGAGCCAAGCUGAUUUGACCUCUUACGAAUCGAUCGACGACGAGUCGCAUCGCAAGUGCGGGGAUUUCGUUGAUGACAAUACGGACGAUCCGCUCUCUGAAAAGGAUAUAGUGCCUCAAUUGCCGUAUGAGAAAUUCGACAAGCAUUAUCUGAAUUACAAUUACAGACGUAGAGAACGAUCGCGAUUGACCGAGAGGAGCUCCAGCAGUCUAGAGAGGAGAUAUACCGAUUUGAAAUCUUCCAUCUCGACGGAUGAAUUCAACACGACUAUGGCGAAGAAGAGAUCUAGCGAUAUCCUAGAAGACAUGAAGCACUUGGAAGCAAAGGCUCUUAGCGAUGGCUCGUCUGAUACUAAUCUGCUGACGAAGAAAUCGAGUGAUAUCUGGGAGAAUAUGAAAAGUUUAGAGGCGAGACGGCAGGACACUUUCAGCAAUUCAGCGAGCGGUUUCUCGAAACGGCGACUAGAAAUCCCGGAUAUAAAUAUAACGAGCGAGGGUAGAAAAGCUUACGUAGUGCAUCCUAAAAUCAAUAUCGAUGAGAAUAGCGACAGUAUAUUGAAGAGCAUAACGUGUAACAAGAAUAACAGCGAUACGGACGAUGGCAGAGAAUCGAAAGUCGGUGUAUGGACGAAAGUAAAGCCGCGUAAAAAGAGCGAUAACGGACGCAGAAGUAGCGACAGAGCGUUGAAAAUUAUUCAGGAAAACUCGGCAAUAUUACACAAGAUACUCGCUUGCCAGGCGAAGAAACGUCUACCGGAUCUGGAGGAGAUAUCCAAGGAAAUCACCAUCAGUCCAAUAAAUGAGGAAAUUUCCAAAAUAUUCAGUCCGAUUCUCGAAAAAAUGGGAUUGAACGAGCACGAGAUAAACGAGGAAUUAGCUCGGAUAAAUUUCAAAGACUUCGACAACAUGAGCGCCACCAGCGUCUCAGAGUUCGACGCGAAGAUCAACGAAGAAUUAUCGAAGCUUUCCCUUAUUGAUGAGACGGAACAAAUCGAUCAUCUGGGCGUAGACGAGAUCAUAUCGCACGAAUAUUUGAACACGCGGGAGGCGUUCAUAGAUCAUAAGAUAAACGAGGAACUCUCUAAGCUACUUGCGAACUACGAGGACGAAUCUCCCCCGAGCAUGAUUAAUUUGGAGAAAGGCUCCUCAAGCCAGAACAUAAGCGAGAUGGAGAGCCUCGAUCUCACCAGCAUUUCGACCAACGUAUUUUCUUAUAAAUCCUCUAACGAUUCCAUCGAGACCAGGAGCGACUUGGAAUUAACGCACGAAGCUGCGAUACAGCCGGAAAAAUUCCCAUUCGCGACGUUGAAAUACGAGAAAAGCAUGUCGCCCAGGAGCGACAUAGACAUUUACAGAGAGCUGGAGAAGCUCAACAAGAUCUCGAGCGCGCAGAUGCUGCCGGAAACGCCUCUGAAAAUAUCACCGAAACGAUUAUCUCCUAUCGGGUACAUUCCCGACACAUUGUCUUAUCCGGAAGUGUCGCCCGCGACGAGAUACAUGUCAGAUACAAGCCCGUUCGAUACUACGCCGCUCAAGAAAACUUACGAACCUUACAAGAGCUUCGACUUCCCGAGCAGGCCAUCGCCGCGAGACAAUCCUUACAUCGCGUACGAUAAAUCAGAUGAUUCGUUCGAGUACCUGGAGCCCAAGCCAAGAAUCCCCAUCGAGUCUUACGAUCUGCAUCUGAAGAGUCCGAUGUUAUCCAAGGAAGUUCUGGAGUUUCGCUUGAGAUACGAUGAUGAUUCGCCGAAACCGACUGGCGGCGAUUACGCGGCCAUUCAGGAUGACAAGCCGAUGUUUUCCUCAAACGUAACGAGUUCUUACUACGGUAAAGGUAAUAAUAAAGCGCUUACGCCAACGAAAUGUAUCACCAAGGAGGAAAAGUGUUUGGAUAUCGGGGAUAUCGACUAUUCUAGCGAUAAAUCGGAUUUUCUCCGUCAUAAGUACAGCACCUUAUCGCCAAAGGAAUAUUCUCACAUCAGAAACAUGGAUUACGACAAACCAUUAGACACGUUACCGCACGUUGUGGUAGAAACGGAGCCCGAUAUCGGUUCAUACUUGACAACGAGACAUCGCGAUUACAAUAUGUUAUCGCCCAGUCGUCAAUACAGAGAUCAAUAUUUCUCUUCUAGCCCAAACCAUUAUACCCCGCAAUUAUCACCAAGUCUGGCAAAUGAAGCGAAAAGGCCUGCCUUGCAUCCAGAAUCCCCGAGUAAAAUAAACGUUGGCAAGUAUGGAGAUUUAACGAGUCAGGGAUCGAAUUGUUAUAAAAAGUCAACGCUGAGCCUCGGUAGCAUGGAGGAAAACGCGAAUAGGGACGACGAGAACGUUGAUACCACUCCGAAGACACAUUUCAGUCCAUUUCCCGUUAGAAAUAAUACAAGAAAACCUAAAGAAUUGACGCUGAAGUUGGGUCUAUAUUCGCCGAAGAGCUCCGACUUCGAUCAACUGAAAAAAUCGUAGUGCUCAGUGACUUGUCGAAGCGAUGGAGCUUUCGACCGACGCGAAAGUUCGCACGUGAGCUGGUACGCUCUUACGAAAAGGAAUAUCUAUGUUUGCUAGUCAAUCGUGUUUCGAUACAUUCUUAUAUACUUUACGCAUGCCAGAUGCGUUUCAGUGAGUCGCGUAUCGAUUUUCCGAAUUUAACAAAGUGGGCCUAAGAAAAUUGUCGCCUAAGUAUUCCUAAAUUGUAAUGCCCGACAUUGUUAAACAAAUUAAAUAACGUAAGCUUGAUUAAUCGUAACGUAGUUUUAAGGUGAUUGAAAAAAAAAAUUAAAGUCGUGUAAAAUUUUCAGUGCUCGAUCGAAAUGUAUAAUUCUGAAUUACAGGUAAAUUUUUUUUUUCAAUGGCACACAAAUUUAUUUUGAGGAAAAUCAGAC